GGAAAUAUCCUAAUUCCCUUUCCUCGACGUCGACGAGGGUUUCGUUUUUCUCUGCGGAAAAAUUCGAUUGGGAGUAGCCGAAUUCUUCCUUCUGAUUUGCAGGGUUUUUGUUGUUAGAAUUUAUACAGAAACAAUGGAGGCCGGCGAAGGUGAAGAGGUGAACAUUCAGGAACUCGCGGCGAAUCUUUCUACUUACAAGGACCAGCUUCAACAGGUCCGUGGCCUAUUGAACGAUGAUCCAAAGAAUUCUGAAUUUUUGGACAUGGAAAAGGAACUCACUGAGGUUAUUGCUCUGACAGAAGAACUUCUGGCAACAGCAAAACACAGUGAUGCAAUUUCUGAACUUGGUACUGGGACUGGUGGUGAACUAUCUGCUAGUCAACAUUCUCCGGAAAGCUCCUAUCAUAUGAAUUUGAAACCUACUGCUGAUUAUGGCCACAAAUUUACUGUUGGCACCAAAGUUCAAGCAGUUUGGAGUGAAGAUGGAGAGUGGUACAAUGGGACGGUCGAGUCACUCACUCCCAAUGGCUAUAUUGUUUGCUACGAUGAAUGGGGUAACAAGGAAGAGGUGGAUCAUGAUAAUGUUAGACCAAUCGAAGAAGACUCUGCUGAUCCUCUGGUAGAAGCUGAAAAGAUUGCUGUGGCCACAAAAGAAGCCCUUAAACGUAAGAUUGCCCAAGCUGCUGUUAAGGACUUUGAAUCCUGGACUGUGCCACAAAAACUUAAAAUUGAUCCCAAUGAUCCUGAAGAUGUGAAAGCUGCCAAACGGAAAAAGUUACAUGCUUACAAGUCGAAGAUGCGAAUGGAAGCAAAAGAAGUUGCCCAAAAUAAGAGGCAGAAUGAUUGGCAGCAAUUCCAGACUACCAAAGGGCGAGCCAAGAAGGUUGGUUUCUUCUCCGGGCGAAAGAGAGAAAGCAUAUUUAAAUCUCCGGAUGAUCCAUUUGGAAAGGUGGGGGUAACUGGAAGUGGAAAGGGUUUGACUGAGUUUCAGAAAAGAGAAAAGCACCUGCAUCUCAAAGGAGCUAAUAUUGAAUCUGCAGAUGAUUAAACCCUAAACAGUUCUCGAGUAUCUCUGUUAUGUAGAUUGGUUUCAAGUUUGUCCAAUCAAAAGUAUGUGGUGAGAAUUUAAGAAGUUUGUCUUUGGACAGUUAUUUUCAUUGAAAUGUUUAUGUCCACAACUGAACAAUAUUGGUAUUUAGUUCUAAUUCAACCACAUGCUUGCACUA